CUCCGCUUCAAAGCAGCCAACGAGUGGGCAGAGGACAAACGAGGCCUCCCGGGGUGAGCUGAGGAGACUCCAGCUCUGCUCCCCACCCACUGCUACCCAGGAUGGGAACUUCGAUGAAUCGUACUGCCUCUGUCACUGUUCUCCGUGGCUGCCUGAAUCUGGCUUAGAUCUUCCGGGCCCCAGUUCCACUUCGGUUCGUCUAGCACUGCAGAAGUCUAAGGGGAGACCCAGCGGCAGAUUCUGUCACAGCCGAGGGAGAAGGCGUAAGGAGACAAAGCCGUCACAUCCCCGACAGCUUCCUUCAGCAGCCUCCUCCUCUCCAGUCCAGAGCCGACCCCCGAGCCCCUGAGGCAUCCCUUCCAUCUUCGGAACACCCUAGUCAUUCAUUGCUAACAGGGAAUCAUGAGGGACCCUGUGAGUAGCCAGUACAGCUCCUUUCUUUUCUGGAGGAUGCCCAUUCCAGAACUGGAUCUGUCGGAGCUGGAAGACCUGGGCCUGUCAGAUACACCUACCUACAAGAGCAAGGAUAGCAGCAGCGUUGGCAAAAUGGGCGGGCAGGCAUCCGGAACAGAGCAGAAGAGCCCUGAAGGUGACCCCCUCCUUGAGUACAGCACCUUCAACUUCUGGAGAGCUCCUAUUGCCAGCAUCCACUCUAUCGACCUGGACUUGCUUUAAGGCUGAGGCCGCUCUCUCCCGCACUGUACCCUCAUUGUCUUCCCUCUUAAGUCCCUUCCUCUCUAAGCCUUCCACUUUAAUCUUGUUCUCUUCCCUCUAUUGUGCUGGUGGUGCUGAUGAAUCUGCCAAUUGAAUUGUAUGUUUGUACCUAUGUAUGUACUUAAUUAUCUAUUUAUUUAUUUAUUUAUUAUCUAUCUAUCUGCCUACUGUUUCUCUCAAAAGCCCUCUAGGCACAAAGUCAAGGAUUUAAUCAAUGGAGUACUAGAUCAUAGGAUUUCCUCCCCUCGGCCCCGAGAAUAUUAACCUAAUCCCAGAAAAAUGACCCUUAUUCGAGGCACCAGAGAGAGGUAUAGUUGUGAAAAAUGGGAAACCAUUUUUUUGGUUACAUUUUAAUCAGCUUCACAGAUUACUUGAACCUCCUUAAUUUCCUGAGCGCUACUUCAAGUAAUAAAAACCUGGGAGUUCUGAGAUACUUUCUACAAAACAGGAUUUCUAAAAGACUGAGAUAAGAAGUUCUGCUUCUUUUUAUAGUGCAUUCUCUUCCCCAGGAACAUGGAGAUAGUUACAGGUGGAAAACAAGGGGAGGGGAAUAGGAAAAACAUCGUAUCAGAGAUAGUUCCUUUAAUAUCUAGCUCACAGCUCUGUUUCCAGCUGUGGGCUGGAAAGGUUCAGAAAAUCAGAUUUGAGUCUUCACGGGAAACUUUACUAUUAGGAUAAUUCGUAAAAGGCAAAAGGUGUAUCCUAUCUAAAGCAAAAUCAGAAUAUUAUUAGGAGAAUUUAUAUAAAAUUGUGAUUUAGUCAUGGAACAGGCGGAGUGUUUUGGUCCUUAGUAAUUUAGCUUUCUUUGCCUUCCUGUAGUUGCAGUAUGUGAAAGGAAUCAGUGGUUCCUAGACACAGUUCUUCAGAUACCAUAAGACAGUGAAAUAAGCAGUUACAUUCAGACCCUACCCCGUCCCAAUUCCUUCCAAAGCAAUUACAGCUGAAUUGUGUAGCCAUUUAUUCAUUUAUGUAAUAAAGAUGUUAAAUCCUAA